UGUGACUGUUAUCAUUAUAUUUUUGCUGAUGAAAUGUCGUGAGGAAACCUUUUCUGUCAUGUUUUUGGUCUUCCUAAUGCCGCUUCUCCAAACAUUUUAUAGUCAACAUCACUCGAGAAGUCAAGCCAUCAUGGUAAACUACAGGAUGGAAAUCUGGCUAUGUUUGACCAGACAAAAGCUUGUCAAUAUGUCCAUCAGUACGAUAAAUGUCCAGUAUGAGGUGAUAAAGCUAUAAUUUUGGUUUCUGUUCAUUGCAAGGGUGGUUCAGAGAGAUCAGGGAUCAAGCAAGUUUGUGAAAGUGGCUUGCAAUCAGUCGAUCGAUCCUGGGAAUGGCCACAACAAUGUAGUCUGCGAGAAGAUUGAGCCUUUAAUAUACUUCAGAAGAAGAGUGCUGCGUAGGUUGGGGAGUUGAAGGAAGAAGCGAGGGAGAAGGAUGAAGUCUCUCAGAGCUCCUCCCAGGCUCGAGCCAAGGAGAACGGGCAACGCGCUCAUCGUCGCCGCCAUGCUUCUUUCCCUCUGCAUCCUCUCUUUCAUCAAGGCUCGCUAUUGCUCUGCUCCAUAUGCAAAGCUACGAUCAUUGGCAGAAAUAGAAUCCAUUGAGGUCCCAGAGUCGGCUGCGGCGAAGAGUUGGGAAGCCGCUCUACCAGAGGAUGAAGAUGACGAAGGUGAUGUUACAACUCCUCCAAAAAUUGUUGCAGAAGAAACUGUGACCGUCAUCAGCAAACCGAUAUGCUCCGAAACAAGCAAGAGAUCCAACGUCUGCCGAGCGGAAGGCGAUGCAAGAUUGCGAGGAAGCUCCCGAACCAUCUUCCUCCACCCUUCUUUGACAGAUCGAGAAUGGAAGAUCAAACCUUAUUGCAGAAAGCAUGACGGCCCAGCCAUGAAGAACAUCGAGGAGUGGACUCUAAAGCCUUUGGCCAGCAAUGAGCCGCCCCCGCGAUGCACCGUGCACCACAAGGUCCCGGCGCUGGUCUUCUCCAUCGGAGGAUUCACCGGCAACCUCUUCCAUGACUUCACUGACGUCCUUGUUCCCCUCUUCAUAUCAUCCUACCAGUUCCAUGGCAAGGUCCAGUUCGUGGUAUCCGAAAACAAGCCUUGGUGGGUCAGCAAAUUCAUCUCGAUCCUGAAUCAGCUCUCCAACUACGACAUCAUCGACGCCGACGACGACGACCCGGACGCCGUCCGCUGCUUCCCGCGCGUCAUCGUCGGGUUGAGCUUCCACAAGGAGCUGGGCGUCGACCCCUCCAAGACUGCAACGGGGUACUCCAUGGUGGAGUUCAAGGCGAUGCUGAGGAAGGCGUAUGGGCUGGAGAGGCCAACGGCGGCGCCGUGGGCCGACCAGCGGGAUGCAAAGAGGAAGCCCAGACUGCUGAUCAUAUCCCGCAGGAAGACGAGGGCGUUCCUGAACGAGAGGGGGAUGGCGGACAUGGCCAUGAGCCUGGGGUUCGACGUGCGCGUCUCCGAGCCCGACAACACGACCGACCUGGCCAAGUUCGCGCGGCUGGUGAACUCCGCCGACGUGAUGAUCGGCGUGCACGGCGCCGGGCUGACCAACAUGGUGUUCCUCCCGGCAGGCGCCGUGCUCAUCCAGGUGGUGCCCAUGGGCGGGCUGGAUUGGGUGGCGAGGGACACUUUCAAGAAGCCUUCUUCGGACAUGCAGCUCAAAUACAUGGACUACCACAUCAAGGCGGACGAGAGCUCGCUCAGCGAUCAAUACCCCAAGAAUCACCCGGUGCUAAAGGAUCCCGAUUCCAUCCAAAAGCAAGGCUGGUACACGACCAGCAAGAUCUACUUGGAGAACCAGAACGUGAAGCCUCACCUGAGGAGGCUUAGGAACACUCUGUUGGAGGCUCUCCGGCACCUGCCUCACGGCCGUAAAGAGGCUUAGAGUCAUGGCUUGUAGCUGGAAGAGAUCUCCCAUAUAUAUAUAUAUAUAUAUUUUUUUUAUCCUUGUGUGCUAAUUUUUGCAUUCAUUUAUUUCCCUUCUGCUGUAAGAAAAUGUAAUCUCACACAAGUGUAUCUCUAGAUUGGGCUAUAACAUAUGGAUCUUACACAAUGUAAUCACUCGUGCUGGGAAAUUGGAGCACAGCAGUUGACA